CUUAACCUAUUGUUGAUGUUGUAGCGUUUAAGAUGUCCUUUGCUGCGAACACUUCGUUCACAUCAUAUAUAACCGGAGGAAAACUGAACUUUGGGAGCAUUGGAAUUUCAGGGGAAAGACCGAAUUUCCCAAGUCCACGAGUGGCAUUGCCAGAUAUUGGUAAAAUAAUGCGGGAAGAACGAUCAUGCCUUACUGUGCCACAUGGAGAAGAUGCCCCACUGCAUUCGGAAAAUAGAACGGUUGAAAAAGCGCCACGCGUCUCCCCGACCAGUGAAAUUUGUUCAGUAAACAUUACUGCCAAUCCUAGUUCCGGACAGGCGGGGGCUGGUCUCUUAAGCAACACUUUAAAUAGAGCCGAGACCUUUAGCGAAGAACCGACACAUUUCGCAUCAAUAGACGCUGCGAAAAUAGAUGGACAUCUUACGACUUGCCAUUCAGCGUUCUUACAAUCACCGUGCGCGACUUUCAGCGAAAUGCUGCGAGACGACGUGACCUAUGGCUUCUGCUAUAAAGCAGAUAGCGAUUUCUACAGCUUUGGGGCCGAGGAAAAUACACCAGCACUCGAAAAUUCUAGCAAUAAAAACGAAGCAGUCGUGCCAGACGAUGCACCGAACACGGAACUUCAUAUUUUACAAAAAAGUAAAUUCAACAAUACAAAUUUGACGUCUUCGUUAGUAAGGCCUACAUCGUUUUCAGCUGACACAAAUGAACCUUCAACCCUUCAAGGUACAACAGCCACCGAAUUCAACAAUAAUGAUCAGGUACUGGACAAGGAUACCACCCAAACUGCAAUCCCAUAUCACAACUUAUCUCCUAGCAUGGAUUUUUCGCCAAGUGAGGCGAAUUUUUAUGCAGCACCACAAGCGUAUAAUAAUUUACCAAGCAGUAUUGCAACACCCAACAGCGAAAAAAUGGCAGAAGCCCCAGAAAUGUCAAGUAGCAUACUCGACGAUUUGGACCUGUCGGAUAUUAAUAACAGUAGCAUGGAAAAAAUGGAGAGGGAAUAUUUUAACGAGGCAAUAAAGGAAGUCUAUUUCGCUUGUUCACUGCUCAAUUUGCCACCGGAUCCGAUUCUGUGGUCGAAGCAGCACGUUGAGAAAUGGGUCAUGUGGACGACACACCAGUGUAGACUGCCAGCUCUUGACGUGAGUGUGUUUAGAAUGCCUGGCACUGCUCUAUGUCGAAUGACGGAAAGAGAUAUGCACAAGUUAGCACCAAGCUGUGGUGACAUCUUACACGCUAGGCUUGAGAUUUGGAGAUCAGCUGUUGGGAGUCAGCUUUUACAAAGUAAUGAAUACCAAGAGAUUGAAGAAAACAUGGGCGUCCCACCUCCAGCUGCAGAGACAGGAUUAUUUUCGCUCAAACCAAAACACUUAAACUGCCAAUCAAACUACUCAACUGAAGUCAUUACUGAUAAUAAAAUGAUGAUAUCAACUGCAAUACAUACCAGAAGCAAGCUAGAAGACACAAAUUCAAGUGCUGCGGCGCUAACACCAAACUAUUCGAGUGGAAUCCAUUUGUGGCAGUUUCUGAAAGAACUGCUCCUUCAACCGCAAUCAUUCAGUCGUUAUAUAAGAUGGAUAGACAAGCAAAGAGGCAUCUUCAAGAUAGAAGACUCCGUUGAGGUAGCGAGGCUUUGGGGCGUCCGGAAAAAUCGACCGGCAAUGAAUUAUGACAAACUAAGUCGUUCUAUAAGGCAGUAUUAUAAAAAAGGAAUCAUACGAAAAACUAAAGUUUCUCAACGGCUCGUUUACCAGUUUGUGGAGCCCACUCACGAGUAAAGUGUAUUCUAGCUUGCAUAUUUAUAUAUAUUGGGGUGGGGGAAGACGGGACACCUUUACCACAUAAUAUCCAAAUAUCCUGAU